AUGAGGUCUGAUCCAAGCUUCAGAAAAUCCGACGCCCUAUGCAAGUUCCACCAGGAGCGCGGACACAAAAUAGAAGAUUGCAUCGCCCUCAUGCUAGAAGUUGUAAACAUGUUACGGAAUGGACACCCCAAAGAGCUGCUGAGCGACAAGGGGAGAAAUAACUUCGCCAGAGGACGUGAACAUCAAGGCCCGCCGAAUCCGCCAUCACUAGCUCGUACUAUAAGUAUGAUUAUCGGCGACAGCGAUAAUGCCUCCAUCAACGGCGUUAAACUCACUAGCACCCACAAACUCAAACAAUCUAUCAUCCGCGAACAGUAUGACAGACUCGAAGAAAGUAUCAUCUUCGACGAGUCAGAUGCCGACUGUUUGACUUUCCCUCAUAAUGAUGCUCUCGUCAUUACUUUGUGUAAUUUAGAUACUGAUGUCAAACAUAUCAUGGUAGACGAUGGAAGUGGAGCGUGCAUUAUCCAUCCCCGAGUCCUCGCCCAGAUGAGACUCGAGGAUAAGGUAGUGCCACACUGCAUCACACUAAUCGAUUUUAAUAAUGUAGUUGAACGGACAUCGAGAGAAAUUACACUCCCCAUCUUGGCCGACAACAUAACGCUGGAGAUGAUCUUCCACAUCAUAGACCAGGCCACCGCAUACUAUGCCAUAGAAGGACGACCAUUGAUACAUCUCUCCAGCUUAUACCAAGUAAUCAAAUUUCCAACACCUUGGGGGAUAUUCAGCAUACUGGGAGAACAUAGCACAUCCCGAAAAUGUUACUGCAUCGCCUUAGACAGUACGAUAACCUAA